UCUUGCCACACCUCAAACCAAAAUUCAGAGGAAAAGAAAGAAGUAAGCCACAUAAAUCUAACCAAGAACACAAGCAUCUUAAUUUGAAUCCACAAAGCUUUGGAUAAUGAAAAGAAAUACAUAAUUUUAAUUUAACCCGUGUUUUCCAGUCAGAUUAUAUUUGCUUAAAUUGCUACGGUAAUUCAAGAGACAGCCCUGUUUGAGCAUACAGUUACUGUGGAUUUUUAAGAGGCUCGGUUAAAGAAUUUAGGAAUUUCUGAUUCACUUACAGGAUUUGCAAAUUCAUCAACCCCUGAAAACUAAAGCAAACUCAACAGGACAAAAAAAGAAUAUGGGCUCUUUAGGUCCAGUAUGUAUCCUUCUCUUAUUUCUUGGAGUCAAAGUAUAUUGCCAAUAUGAAAGUUAUCAAUGGGAUGAAGAUUAUGACCAAGAGUCAGAUGAUGUCUACCAACCAGAAUUCCAGUAUCAUCAAAAUGUAGACUAUGGGGUACCUUUUCAUCAGCAUACUUUAGGCUGUGCCAGUGAAUGCUUCUGUCCACCUAACUUUCCAUCAUCAAUGUACUGUGAUAAUCGCAAACUCAAGACUAUCCCAAAUAUUCCGGCACACAUUCAGCAAGUCUAUCUUCAGUUCAAUGAAAUUGAGGCUGUGACUGCAGAUUCAUUCAUGAAUGCAACUCAUCUUAAAGAAAUCAAUCUCAGCCACAACAAAAUUAAAUCUCAAAAGAUUGAUCAUGGCGUGUUUGCCAAGUUGUCAAAUCUACUACAACUUCACCUACAGGAUAACAGUUUAGAAGAAUUUCCAUUUCCUCUUCCUAAGUCUUUGGAAAGACUUCUUCUUGGUUACAAUGAGAUCUCCAGACUGCAAACAAAUGCCGUAGAUGGGCUAGUAAACUUGACCAUGCUCGAUCUCUGUUAUAACCAACUUGAUGAUUCCAUGUUACAAGACAAAAAUCUUGCCAAAAUGGAAAAAUUAAUGCAGCUCAACCUAUGUAAUAACAGAUUAGAAUUAAUGCCUCCUGGUUUGCCUUCUUCACUUAUGUAUCUAUCUUUAGAAAACAAUUCAAUUUCUUCUAUACCAGAAAAUUACUUCAGUGAACUUCCAAAACUUCAUGCUCUAAGAAUGUCACACAACAAACUACAAGACAUUCCAUAUAAUAUUUUUAAUCUUUCCAAACUUAUAGAGCUCAACGUUGGACACAACAAACUGAAGCAAGCAUUCUAUAUUCCAAGAAAUUUAGAACACCUAUACCUAGAAAAUAAUGAAAUUGAAAAUAUCAAUGUUACAGUGAUGUGUCCAUCUGUUGACCCACUAUAUUACCACCAUUUAACAUAUAUUCGUAUAGACCAAAAUAAGCUAAAAGAGCCAAUAAGUUCAUAUAUUUUCCUCUGCUUCCCUCAUAUACAUACUAUUUACUAUGGUGAACAAAGAAGCACUAAUGGUCAAACAAUACAACUGAAGACCCAAGUGUUAGGAAGAUUUCAUGAUGAUGCUAACAGUGAAGAUGAUGAUGAUGGUCGUGAAGGUCCAGAACAAGAAGAAACAGAAGAAAAUGUGGACCCUCACUACUAUGAAAGUCAAGAAUGGCAAGAAACUAUAUAGGCUAACAUUUCAUAGAAUUCUUCAGAUAAGGAAUAAAAACAAAUCUGGGACUGUCUAUACAGCGAAGCCAAAGAACAAACAAUAAUUUGGACAAUACGCAGAGACUAUACAAGUAAAACAAUAUUUUGAAACAGUUUUCAAGUGGUGAGUCUUUAUUUUUCUGGAGAUGACAGUUUAAAAUGAAGCCUCUAAUGUUCUUUAUAUCUUUGAGUAGGUUAUUAGCAUUUGGCAGAAACAGAACACCCACCUGACCCCAAGGACAAGCUCAACAAUCCAGAAUGAAAACA